AUGCCUCACUGUGAUUUCUGUGCCAAGGAGAUGGGCUCAAAGGGAGGUGUCAGGAGACAUAUCAAUAAUCAACCUGACUGUAGAAGGCAGUGGGAGCUGCUGGUUGAAACUCAAAAAGACAUUAGCGCACCUCAGGCUCAUUUAGGAACAUUAAACCAAGCCGACACCAACAGUGACUCAGCUCAUGCUGACUCAUAUUCCUCGUAUUCCCCCCAUCACCGCUCACGCUCUGAGUCUUUCAAUCCCGAUCAUCCAGACAACCCAGCAGUGCCAAAACAUCAGAGGGUGACCAUUGAGGAGGUUGAAGAUGAGGACCACGCACAAUAUUUUGAACAAUGCAAAACUGGCUUUGAGAGGUUUCAGGAGUAUAAGGAGUGUAUGGGCAAGGACAAAUGGGCUCCCUUCGAUGGUGGGGAGGAAUGGGGACUCGCCGAAUGGCUUGUUAAAAACCUUGGCCAGACUCGAACAGACGAGUUUCUGAAAUUACCGAUAACACAAAACCAAACGAAACCUUCUUUUCACAAUAACAGAUCUUUCCUCCAGAAAGUCGAUGAGCUUCCACACGCGACAGCCUGGAGUUGCAAAAAGGUUAAGGUCCAGGGAAAUAAAACAGAUGAGAAGGGCCAGACGCUGCAUGAAGAAGUCGAAGUCUGGAUGCGAGAUCCUGUCAAGUGCGUCAAAGACCUCAUUGGAAAUCCAUUGUUCCGUGAUCACAUGGUGUACACACCUGCGCGAGCAUACAGAGACCCAGCAGGACUUCACCGAGUAAUUGAUGACAUGUGGACGGCUGACUGGUGGUGCGACAAGCAAAAACUGUUGCCGAAAGGUGUGACAAUCGCACCCAUAAUUCUUGUGUCCGACAAAACUUGUCUGUCGCAAUUUCGAGGCGAUAAAUCAGCGUGGCCCAUGUACCUAACCAUUGGAAACAUUGCAAAAGAGAAGAGGCGGCAAACAUCAGCGCUUUUCCACCACUGCAUGUCCUUGCUCCUCAAACCCCUCAUGGUCUGCACUGACUCGUUAAUCUGUCGAGUCUUCCCCAUCCUUGCUGCUUAUGUAGCCGAUUUCCCAGAACAAUGUCUUGUUGCAUGCUGUAAAGAAAAUCGGUGUCCGAAGUGUUUGGUCGCUGCCGAUGAACGAGGGGAUCCGUUGACUUCGCAGAUGCGGGACCCUGAGGUGACAAAAGAUAUAUUAGAGAAGCGGAAGAAUGGUCAGCAUCCAAUUCAAUUCAACGACAAUGGAUUAUGCGCCGUCUUCAACCCAUUCUGGGCAAAUCUCCCUCACGCCGACAUCUUUCUUGCCUUCACACCUGACCUCCUCCACCAGGUCCAUAAAGAUGAAAUGGACUCACACUUCAAAGCAAUUCCAGAUUACCCUGGACUUCGGCACUUCAAGAAGGGUAUCUCGACUGUGAGACAGUGGACGGGUACAGAGCAUAAAGAAAUGCAGUGUGUCUUUGUUGGUCUGCUCGCUGGUGCUGUCCCAAGUCGAGUCUUAGUAGUUGCACAAGCCAUUCUAGACUUUUCAUAUUAUGCACAGCUUCGAAUGCACACUGCUGAAUCCCUCGAUGGUCUGGAGAGCGCGCUUGCGGUGUUUCACACCAACAAAGACAUCCUGCAAGAGCUUGAAGUUCGCGAACACUUCAACAUUCCUAAAUUACAUCAAAUCUCACACUUUGUUAAGUCCAUCACUCUAUUUGGUUCCACCAACGGUUUCAACACUGAGCUUCCAGAACGACUACACAUUGAUUUCGCAAAAGACACCUAUCGUGCCAGCAACAAACGCGACUACGAGGAGCAAAUGGCCUUAUGGCUUCAAUGGCAGGAAGCUGUAUUCCUACGUAGUUCUUACUUUGAUUGGUUGUUGGAACGAUCCCAGUCAGCCACAGUGUCCAGUCACACAUAUCCCAACCGCAGAAAUGACUUGGAUUCAGACUUGGACGCCGAGAUUGAAGAGUUUGCUGCCCCCACAAACACCAUUCUGUCAUCCCCCACUGCGUCAUCCUCCACUGAUGUGAUCCGUAUUCUUGCCAAGCAUCCUCCACACCCUCGGCAGUCCGUUGAUCGCCUCAUCACUGCACAUGGCGCCACCAUGUUUCUCCCCGCCCUCAAAUCUUUCAUGCGCGAGCACAUGCCACAUAAUAACAUCAUCCCCGGUCCACAUGACCAGUUUGAUGUUUAUCGACAAGUCAUCAUAGUUACCCCGCCUGAUCCACACACCAGUGACUCACCAAAGCAGUGGCACAUUAGAGUGACACCUGAAGUGCAGCCUGGUCCUGCCAGCCGAAAACCUUGGUCCCCCGCUAGAUUCGAUAUGGCGCUGAUAAGUGAUGGUGCUCGGACGACGAAUUUGCGGACACUCGAAAGUGUGCGAGUUGCACAAGUUCAUAUCAUCUUUACCCUCCCUCGUCAGUUUCUAGUUGGAAUGAACUCCCGAGCACUAGCUUAUGUCGAGUGGUUCACACCACUUCGGGAGCCAGAUCCCUCCUCUGGCCUGCGUCAACUGCAUCAGAAUGCAGCCGUGAUCCAUCUUGAUGAAAUGGUUCGUCCGUGUCACCUCAUUCCAAAAAUGGGACCAUCUGUUGACCCUGGGUGGACGAGCGCAAACGUCUAUGAGACGGCACAUGAUUUUUAUUUUAAUACUUUUAUUGACCUUGAAACAUUUUGUAUUUCCACUUGUAGUGACUAG